AUGGUUGUAGAAGACCAAAGCCUUGAAAGUGGCGGAUCCGUCCGUGUGGUCAAAGGAGAGAGUCAUUUCCGUAAUGUGGUGUGGGGUCCAGUGCGGUGGAUAAAGAUGCUGGCCAGAGAGCUUCACUGGAGCUUUGUCUUCGGUGUGGUCUCACUCUACGGUAUAAACCAAGGCCUUGGUGGCUCAUUAGGUCGUGUAGCCACAGAGUAUUACAUGAAAGAUGUUCAAAAGGUUCAGCCUUCAGAGUCUCAGGCUCUCACUGCAAUCACCAAGAUUCCAUGGAUCAUUAAGCCUCUUUGGGGCAUUCUCACUGAUGUUCUUCCCAUCUAUGGCUUCCAUAGACGCCCUUACUUCGUUUUGGCAGGUGUCCUUGGAGUUGUUUCUAUGCUUUUCAUAUCGGUUCUUGGUAAUCUACACCUUUACUUGGCACUGAUGUGGAUGACUAUAUCAAGUGCUGCAAUGGCGAUAGCUGAUGUGACCAUUGAUGCUUGCACUGCUUACAACAGUAUCAAACACCCUUCUCUUGCCUCGGAUAUGCAGAGUUUGUGCAGCUUAAGCUCUUCCAUUGGAGCACUUCUUGGUUUCUUCAUGAGUGGCAUCUUAGUUCAUCUUGUUGGCUCUAAGGGUGUGUUUGGCUUGCUGACACUCCCAUUCGCGUUAGCAUCUGUAGUAGGGAUGGUGUUUAGUGAGUCCCGUGUUCCUGGUUUCUCUUACAAACAGGUAAACCAGAAGUUUAUUGACGCGGGGAGAGCGAUGUGGAGGACAAUGAAGUGCUCAGAUGUGUGGAGGCCGAGUCUGUAUAUGUUCAUUUCCCUAGCUCUUAGUUUGAACAUUCAUGAAGGUCUCUUCUAUUGGUUCACAGAUUCAAAGGAUGGUCCUUUGUUUGCUCAGGAAACUGUUGGAUUCAUUCUCUCAAUUGGAUCAGUAGGGUCGAUACUAGGAGCAACGUUGUACCAGCUAGUCCUCAAGGACCAUCCCUUCCGUGGAAUUUGUUUGUGGACUCAACUUCUGUUUGCCUUAGCAGGAAUGCUUGAUCUCAUCCUUGUGCUACGUCUCAACUUAAAAUUCGGCUUACCAGACUAUCUCUUCAUAGUGGUCGAUGAGGUAGUUUCUCAGAUGAUAGGACGUCUGAAAUGGAUGCCGCUGCUCGUGCUCACUUCAAAGCUUUGUCCUCACGGUAUUGAAGGGACCUUCUUUGCGUUGCUAAUGUCUAUUGACAAUGCAGGCUUCAUGACCUCUUCUUGGCUUGGAGGAGUGUUGUUGCAUGUACUUAAGGUGACUAGGACAGAGUUUGGUAACCUCUGGCUUGCGGUUUUGAUCAGGAAUGUGAUGAGAGUUUCGCCGCUAUUUGUUCUGUUUCUUGUGCCUAAGGGAGAUCAGAACACGUUCAAGCUCCCUGGUGAGAUCAUGGGGGAAGAUUCUGAUGAAGAAAAAGAAGAAGCUCGGAGUUUGGAAUUGGCUUCUCUUGUUCAUUCCUCUGAUAGAAGUUAGCUCACAGUGUUCUCUUGCUAUAGACAAUCUUUGAAGCACAUGCUUCAGUUACUCAGCAUUUUCUCUGAACACCUGCACUGAUAGAAAGUGUAGAUUUUGCAAGUUUGCCACAUUUUUUUUGGUAUAGGACAGUGUCUUGUAAUAUAAGUAGUUACUUAAGAAAAACAUGAACUGGGACUGGAAUACACAAGUGCAAGAUGUGUAGUAGAAUGCAAGAUGUGUAGUAGAAUGAGUUCUACAUAUCUUAAUGGGUUGAAACUUUUUUUAUAGGAACAGUGUUUCCAGUCAUGCAGAGAACAAACCAUGAGGUGAAGGAACAAUCAUCACCUCAAGUCUCUUCUGCCCCAGUCCAUGUCUCUCUCUCUCUGGUUUUACCAGGUCGUGGCUUGAACUCUUUUGACGUUGGUCUCGGUCCCUGUUCAAAUCAUAUUGGUUAGCUCCGUCUCUUAAUCUCCCUUUGUCCCUUUCCCGGUCCAAGUCAUGAUCUCUCUCCCUGGCUGAUGAUUUCCGUGGUGGACUUUGGCUGUGGUUUUCCCCACGGUGUCGCUUUUUAGACGAUUCUCGAGAAUCUUCAGGCCUUGCCUUCCGCUCUACGAUUGAUUUCUCUGCAGUUCUACAGGGCUCUAUUGGAUCAGAACGAACAUGGUCAUGUUCUGGAAUACCCCAAAUUCUAGUCUUAAUGUUGAGAUGAACUCGCGCAUGUAUUGUAACUAAGUUACACAUGAGUAUAAGAACCUGAUCUAAAGAAUUUGCAAAAACGGGUCAAGUACUCAAG